AUGGUUAGUUUUUGGCCGCGUCCGCGCAAUGCUGCCUCGCGGCUUUUGGACCCCCCCGCCCCGCGCCAACCGCCCAGCCCGCUGCGUCCGGUCACAGACCCCGUCACACCGUCAAUCUCCACUACUUAUCCGAACGCGCCGAUACCUUGUAUUAAUCAUUUUCCCUUCCGAAAAUCGCCCGCAAUAAAGAUCCUAUCGCGAAGGCCCGGGAGCACCAGCGGCGCGCCGGACUCUUUCGUAACCGCGCAAUUGUCAAACCGAUAUCGCAAGCAAUAUUCACUGGGGCGUGCUUUGUCCACUACGAACUGGUUCAUUGUGCCGCCAAAAUUAAUCUCGUGGGGGUUUAGCUGCGUCACAAAGGCCCGGCGUGCCGGCGCGUACGGUAACGGUGUCGCCGCUUUAUCCGCGAGAUGGAGCCCAUUACGGGAGCCGCGCGGGCGCUGCGCGUGCCGUCUAGCCGCAGAUACGGCGCACCGUUUGUCGGGCGGUGUACAAAAACGGACUCCCCGACGACAGGAAUUAACCUCGCCUUACACUCGAGCUCAAUUAAUCGUACUACUGUACGUUUCACGCCCGUGUCGUUUGCAGUGUAACGAACGCGAAAGCCGCCACCGCCGCCCCGCAGCGGAGGACCGAACUGACAGCGCCCAGCUAAUCGACUUCCUAAAAACAGGAGCGAGAGCGCAUCACGUC